AUGGCAAUCCUAAAAUCGGUAAGUGAGUUUAAAAGUUUCUUUAAAUUUUUUAGUUUUUAGUCUUGUUAUAUUACUUCGUGCACCCACACAGAUUUUCAUUAAGGCAAUAUUGUUCACUGUCAGGGGCUGCUCCUGUCAUUGUCGAGCUUUCAAAAUGUCAGCUGAUUUAUCAGCUACCAGUUCCUAUUGGAAAGUGCUCCCGUGUAAGUCCACAGGUAUGGAAUAUUUUGGGUAAUGAUUUUCUUCCCAAACCCAUUUUUUAGAAUAGAAUUUCCAACCGAAAUGUUUCGAUAAAAAUUAGCUGAAAAAUGUGUGACUUUAAUCUUUACGAUAGGACUUUUUCCUGCCAUAUAAGAAAGUGCCCAUCCCUUCGGAACAGUGGAACACUUUGAUCAAACUAUGAUUUAUGAUUGUUUUUACUUUAUGCUUUCAAACUACUUUACGCUUCUGACCAAACUAUGAUUUAUAGUUGUUUAAUAAUUACCUCACGUUUCGUUGAAUACAACAUAUUAUUUCCACGUGUGAUUAGAUAACACACCUGAUAUUUCAUUGGUGUUUUCAAUAAAUCUGUUUAAAAAAGAUGUUGAAAUUAAAAACCGUUCUUACAUAAAAAAGCUUUCAACCCGUCGCUUCUUAGUCUCCACUCGAAAAUUUAACGAUCACCGGAAAAACGUCUGCGUUAGCAGUCUGAUUAACAUAGAUUUCACAUAAAAAAAUCGACUUUUGUUAACCAGUUUUUAUGUUGUAUUUUACAUCUCUACCUUUUUUGUUAUUUAUACACAAGCGUGGGCAAAGGUGUCAGAAAAAGUUAAAUAGGUGGGUUAAACAGCAGCAACACGUCUCAGUUCACGUUCCAUGCGAGUGCUACCGGCCUAAUGAGCUUCACGCAAGCAUAGAUUUCGUGGCCGGAUGAUCGAGUGAUUAGUAGGAAAACCUCAAAUACACUCUCAGGUUCCUUCUAACGCCAAUUUAAUUUCACGAUUCGAUAAUGAUUUUUUGUUUUGUAACUUUAAGUGUUCACAUGAUCCAAUGAAAUUGGGCCUUGACUUUCUUACGAUUGGUUUGAACGUUCGUAACACAUAGUUUCAGCUUUAAAUUUAGUUCAUUUAACACAGCAAACACGGUGGUUGCUUCAAAGAACAUUAAAAUCCCGGGCUUCGUGCUCUGAAUUAGAAGGUACACGAAAAACAUUUAUCGGUUUUUCCUGACACCGGUGACGUUGCAAACAUCGGGCUCCAUUGAAUAUUUAAUUUUCUAAUGGUUGAUAGUUCGCUCAUUUCUCAGCACUUUAGUAAUAGGCUAACAGGUGCAUUUUAUGACAUUGAAAAAUUCGAAAAAACGCUCUGGCUUUGUGAUCUAUUCAUAGUUUAAGACAGGGCAUUUACAGGCAAAUUACAGCAGUUAAAACGGAUGCAAAGUUUUGAAAUAUCUAAAAACAGGUUUGUGCAAGAGGAGGUUUUGUGAAUAGAAGAUAUUCGAAAGGGGUACCUUUUCUCUCAAAAAUGGUAUCUAAAUGCGUAAGGAGUUGGACCACGGGCAAAGCCUCGCCGUAUAAAACUCUGUUCAGUACCCUGCUGGAGUCAAGUAUGAAUAUUGAUAUUAUCGAAAUAGAUCUAUUCACUCAGAUGCCACCACGUGAAAACGUGGCUAUCACGUUUACUGAAUUGACUCGUCUUUGUUAAUGGAACACUCGAAUUCUUCAACAUUAUGUUAUUACUUUGCAGAAACUUACCGGCAGAGAUUUGUUUGUCAAGAUUGAUUGGUACGACAAUGCUUCCUACGAAGAGGUCCAAGAGAAGAUGGAAGCAACAAUCAAAUUACUCGACCCAGAAUCCGAUCCUCUACCCUGGGCCCUGUUCUUUGGUUGGGAUUCUGAGCUCAUUCCAGACUUGCCACGGCUAUCUAAGGACGUCCUCGAUUAG